UCCUCCUCGGGUGGCCUGUGACUCCUCCGUUCCCAGUGUGACCUCUCUCAAGAUGCCUGAGCCGGGGAAGAAGCCAGUCUCAGCCUUCAGCAAGAAGCCAAGGUCAGUGGAGGUGGCUGCUGGCAGCCCUGCUGUGUUCGAGGCCGAGACAGAGCGGUCAGGAGUAAAGGUGCGCUGGCAGCGGGAGGGCAAUGACAUCAGCGCCAGUGACAAGUACAGCCUAGCAGCCGAGGGCACGAGGCACACUCUGACAGUGCGGGACGUGGGCCCCGCCGACCAGGGAUCCUACGCAGUCAUCGCUGCCUCCUCCAAGGUCAAGUUUGACCUCAAGGUCAUAGAAGCAGAGAAGGCAGAGCCUGUGCAGGGCCCUGCCCCUGCCCCUGCAGAGGCUCCUGGAGCCUCCAGAGAAGCGCUGGCCUCGGCCGCUGAGGAGGAAGGAGGCUCCCCAAGUCCCGAAGGGUCAAGCUCAGCAGCCCCCGAUGGCUCUGGUGCCUCUGAUGACCCCAUCGGCCUCUUUGUGAUGCGGCCACAGGAUGGCGAGGUGACCGCAGGUGGCAGCAUCACCUUCGCAGCCCGCGUGGCCGGAGCCAGCCUCCUGAAACCGCCCACGGUGAAGUGGUUCAAAGGCAAGUGGGUGGACCUGAGCAGCAAGGUGGGCCAGCACCUGCAGCUGUGCAACAGUUAUGACCGGACCAACAAGGUCUACCUGUUUGAGCUGCACAUUACAGAUGCCCAGCCUACCUUUGCAGGCGGCUACCGCUGUGAGGUUUCCACCAAGGAUAAAUUCGACAGCUGCAACUUCAGUCUCACUGUCCAUGAGGCCAUUGGCCCUGGAGACCUGGACCUCCGAUCAGCUUUCCGCCGCACGAGCCUGGCUGGAAGUGGUCGGCGGAUCAGUGACAGCCACGAGGACGCUGGAACUCUGGAUUUCAGCUCGCUGCUGAAGAAGAGAGACAGCUUCCGGAACCUGAGGGACCCGAGGCUGGAGGCGCCACCCGAGGAGGACGUUUGGGAGAUCCUGCGGCAGGCAUCCCCCUCGGAAUAUGAGCGCAUCGCAUUCCAGCACGGCGUCACCGACCUGCGCGGCAUGCUCAAGAGGCUCAAGGGCAUGCGGCGGGAUGAGAAGAAGAGCACAGCCUUUCAGAAGAAGCUGGAGCCCGCCUACCAGGUGAGCAAGGGCCACAAGAUCCGGCUGACCGUGGAGCUGGCCGACCCCGACACCGAGGUCAAGUGGCUGAAGAAUGGACAGGAGAUCCAGAUGAGCGGCAGCAAGUACAUCUUCGAGUCCAUAGGUGCCAAGCGCACGCUGACCAUCAGCCAGUGCUCGCUGGCCGACGACGCGGCCUAUCAGUGCGUGGUGGGCGGGGAGAAGUGCAGCACCGAGCUGUUCGUCAAAGAGCCCCCUGUGUUGAUCACCCGGCCCUUGGAAGACCAGCUGGUGAUGGUGGGGCAGCGGGUGGAGUUUGAGUGCGAAGUGUCCGAGGAGGGGGCCCAGGUCAAGUGGCUGAAGGAUGGGGUGGAGCUGACCAGGGAGGAGACCUUCAAAUACCGGUUCAAGAAGGACGGGCAGAGACACCACCUCAUCAUUAACGAGGCGACGCUGGAGGACGCCGGGCACUAUGCGCUGCGCACCAGUGGGGGCCAGGCGCUGGCCGAGCUCAUCGUGCAGGAGAAAAAGCUAGAGGUGUACCAGAGCAUUGCAGACCUGACUGUGGGUGCAAAGGACCAGGCGGUGUUCAAGUGUGAGGUGUCCGAUGAGAACGUGCGGGGGGUGUGGCUGAAGAACGGGAAGGAGCUGGUGCCCGACAGCCGCAUAAAGGUGUCCCACAUCGGGAGGGUCCACAAACUGACCAUUGAUGACGUCACGCCUGCGGACGAGGCUGACUACAGCUUUGUGCCUGAGGGCUUCGCCUGCAACCUGUCGGCAAAGCUCCAUUUCAUGGAGGUCAAGAUUGACUUCGUGCCCAGGCAGGAACCUCCCAAGAUCCACCUGGACUGCCCAGGCCGGAAGCCGGAUACCAUUGUGGUUGUGGCUGGGAACAAGCUACGCCUGGAUGUCCCUAUCUCCGGGGACCCUGCUCCCACUGUGAUUUGGCAGAAGACCCUCACACAGAAGAACAAGGUCCCAGCAGGGCCAUCCCCAGAUGCCCCAGGAGAUGCAGGCACCAGUGACGAGUGGGUGUUUGACAAGAAGCUGCUGUGUGAGACUGAGGGCCGGGUCCGGGUGGAGACCAGCAAGGACCGCAGCAUCUUCACCGUAGAGGGGGCAGAGAAGGAAGACGAGGGUGUCUAUGUUGUCACAGUGAAGAACCCCGUGGGCGAGGACCAGGUCCACCUCACAGUCAAGGUCAUCGAUGUGCCGGAUCCCCCUGCGGCCCCCAAGAUCAGUAACGUGGGUGAGGACUCCUGCACCGUGCAGUGGGAGCCGCCUGCCUACGACGGUGGGCAGCCAGUCCUGGGCUACAUCCUGGAGCGCAAGAAGAAGAAGAGCUACCGGUGGAUGCGGCUGAACUUUGACCUGCUGCGGGAGCUGAGCCACGAGGCGCGGCGCAUGAUUGAGGGCGUGGUGUAUGAGAUGCGAGUCUAUGCGGUCAACGCCAUUGGCAUGUCCAGGGCCAGCCCUGCCUCCCAACCCUUCAUGCCGAUCGGCCCCCCCAGUGAGCCCACCCACCUGGCCGUGGAGGAUGUCUCGGACACCACCGUCUCCCUCAAGUGGCGGCCCCCGGAGCGGGUGGGAGCUGGAGGCUUGGACGGCUACAGCGUGGAGUACUGCUGGGAGGGCUGCUCGGAGUGGGUGGCCGCCCUGCAGGGGCUGAUAGAGCGCACCUCGAUGCUGCUCAAGGACCUGCCCACAGGGGCCCGGCUGCUCUUCCGUGUGCGGGCGCACAAUAUGGCAGGGCCCGGAGCCCCUGUCACCACCAAGGAGCCUGUGACCGUUCAGGAGAUACUGCAGCGACCGUGGCUCCAGGUGCCCCGGCACCUGCGUCAGACCAUCCAGAGGAAGGUCGGGGAGUCCGUGAACCUCCUCAUUCCUUUCCAGGGCAAGCCCCGGCCUCAAGUGACCUGGACCAAAGAGGGGCAACCACUGGCAGGUGAGGAGGUGAGCAUCCGCAACAGCCCCACGGACACCAUCCUGUUCAUCCGGGCUGCUCGCCGCACCCACUCUGGCACCUAAGAGGUGAUGCUGCAGGUCGAGAACAUGGAGGACAAGGCCACGCUGGUCCUGCAGAUUGUUGACAAGCCAAGCCCUCCCCAGGAUAUUCGGGUCACUGAGGCAUGGGGUUUCAAUGUGGCUCUGGAGUGGAAGCCACCCCAAGAUGAUGGUAAC